UACUGUCAUCUAAAAAUUAUUUUCUAAAGAAUGCCAUAUUCACUUUGUAAAAUGUAUUAAAAAGAUGCAUGAUGAACAUUAAAUGGAAUCGAAAAUCGUAGUCGAAGAUGCGUGGGUUAAUGCAAAUUUGUCAGAGAGGGGAACUACUUUUUAAUCGCGAACACCAAUAUUCCACAACUCACGGCACCUGUCGUACUAUACGCAAUGUAGUUUAACGUACCUAGUAGCGGACGAUGGGAUGCCGAGCAGUAUUCCAAUUGGUCGGUCAAAAGGGGCGCGCGGUUGCUAAGCAACGGCAACACCGCGCGCGUCACCGGCCGGCGUAGCCGGCACCAAACGUUCCUGCCACUGUGGCGGAAAAUUGCGCAGAACAACGUCGACUCUCAUCGGGUGUAAACGUGCUGCGGUCUUUAAAUACGCGAUAUAGAUUCACCGAAGCUUUAUUUCUUUUUUUACUCUUGUCUCCUUUCUCAUUGUCGAAUACAAAAUCGAAAGAAUCCUUUGUGGUAUUCUAUUUAAAAAUUGCGCGCUUCUUGCAAAAAACGAAUAAAUAUUUUAUUGGAGCAAUAGAGUUACAUUUUAUUAAAGUAAAGGAAAUAAAAAAGAAAAAUGGCAGAGGACAAAAACGAAACCAGCCCAAGUGCCGAGGGUGAAAAGCCACCACAGGAAGCGGCCCCAUCGAAGCAAGAAAAAGAAGAGCCAAAAGAAAAUAAAGAAGAAGAAAAGAAAGUCGAAGAGAAUGGCGACGGUGAUAAACCCAAGGAGAAUGGCGAAGAGAAACCCACGCCAGAACCGAAGGAUAUGCGGGCUAUAGUACUGAACGGUUUCGGCGGACUGAAAAGUGUCAAAGCUUUGAGGAAGCCUGAGCCCACCCUCUCCGAAGGAGAAGUUCUUAUUCGAGUCAAAGCAUGUGGACUAAAUUUCCAAGAUUUGAUGGCGAGGCAGGGUGCUAUUGAUUCCCCACCAAAAACUCCUUUCAUUAUGGGAUCCGAGUGCGCAGGUGAUAUCGAGCAAGUUGGCGAGGGCGUGGAGAACUUUAAAGUGGGCGAUCGAGUGGUCGCGCUUCCUGAUCACAAGGCGUGGGCAGAGCUUGUCGCUGUACCGGCCACGUCCGUUUUCGCGCUACCAGCCGGAAUGAGCUACCUCGAUGCAGCGGCGAUCACGAUGAACUAUACUGUUGCUUACAUUCUGUUGUUCGAACUGGCUAAUUUAACGCCCGGAAAGAAUCUGUUACUCCACAGCGCCGGCGGGGGUGUGGGUCAGGCAGUCGUUCAAUUGGCCAAAACUGUGAAGGAUGUAACCAUUUUUGGAGUGUGCAGCAAAUCGAAGCACGAAGCACUGAAAGCAACUGGCACCAUUGAUCACAUCUUGGAACGAGGCGCGGACUAUAGUAACGAAGUCAGAAAGAUCUCACCAGAGGGUGUGGAUAUCGUUUUGGAUUGCCUUUGUGGUGAAGAAUGCAACAAAGGAUAUGCUUUGCUAAAACCUAUGGGAAAAUAUAUUCUUUAUGGAUCUAGUAAUGUUGUCACUGGCGAAACUAAGAGCUUUUUCUCGGCAGCACGAUCAUGGUGGCAAGUGGACAAAGUAUCUCCCAUUAAACUGUUCGACGAGAAUAAAACCUUGUCUGGGUUGAAUUUGCGUCACUUGAUGUAUCAGCAUGGAAGUCAUGCAUUUGUGAGACGAGCAGUGGAACGGGUAUUCGCUUUAUGGAACGAGGGUAAAAUAAAGCCUGUGGUGGACUCGACAUGGGCUUUGGAAGACGUUCCGGAAGCUAUGCAGAAGAUGCAUGACCGUAAAAACAUCGGUAAAAUUGUAUUGGAUCCGAGUCUCGAGCCAAAACCGAAGCCAGCAACUCCUGCUAAAGGAAAGACGAAGGAUAAGAAGGCGGCUAGCCAAGAAAGUCAAGAGAAAAAAGCUUCAAGCGUCGAAUCUGAGGAAGGAGAGAAGAAGAAAGAACCAGAAUUGACAAAUGGAACUUCCGAAGACAAAUCCGAUAGCGAUUCGAAAGAAAAAGAAUCGAGUUGAAUUAACGGCGCUAAUUAAUUCUAAUAUACGUAUAUAAUAAAAAUACAUAUAUAUUAAAAAGAAUGUAAAACCGUGAAGAUCAAGAAUUUUGCAGAUAAGUAACUCUAUUAUUUCUCAUUAUACAGAGAUCUACAUUUAUUGCGCUACACAACACUUGAUUAUUAUGUACUAAUGUCCGCAAAUUAUCGUGUAGAUAACGAAUUAAUUUGGAAAACGAAAACAAAAACAUGAAACAGCAAGACAUGAACAAAAAUUAAGAAUUUCAAAAUAUUUAGCUCAAUUUGACCAAAAAGAGAAGAAAAAGACUCGUUUUUCUAAAAUUUAUUUGCAUGCCUCUCUCCUUCCGUCUGUUUGCGCUGAAAGAAUUCUUUGAUGGAAUUCAUGAAUGAAAGGGUGGAUGUGAGAAUAUACGUAAAGAUUCAUGUGUGAAGAUGUUCGUGUGCGAACCAGAAGGAAGUAUAAAAGAAAAAAAAAAAAAAAAAAAACAACAACCAAAUAUAAAAAACAAUAUCUUGACGUGGUCCACAGUAGUUUGCAGAAUAUAAAAAUUAUUAUUUUUAUUUUUUCACACUGACCAAACAUACGAUUCAUUUUCAUAUAUGAUAGAAUAAAUGGCAAAGAUUCUUUGGACGAUCUUUAAUAAUUUUUUGAUUUCUUUUUUUAUAUUAUAUUUCGUACUUAUAAAAAGUAUCAAGAAAAACGAUAAAAAUGAAAAUAAAUAAAUAAAGAUUGUCCAAUGAUUCUAUAUUGGCCAGCAGAUUGCUACUUUUAUCUAUUUGCAUCGAGUACUAUUACUGCUGCGAGAUAAGUAUAUAGAUAAGUGUAUAUAUAUACACAUAUGUAUAUGCAAUGACAUUUUACACGAUAUAAUAGUACCAUUUAUUGUAAUUUAAUAGAAUACGAUGGCAGCGAUAAUCUCAUCAGCUUUACAGAGAAGGGAAGAAAAAAUUACAUUAGAUAGAAUCCUGUAUCUCAAAAGGCUGAAAAAAAAAACAAAUGACUGUGUUAUUUUUUUAUGUAUAACUUUUUUUUAUCAAGAAUAUUUUUUUCAUUAUUGAUGAUUAUAUAUAGCUUAAAUAUUUUUAACAAUAACCUAAACAACACAGUCAAAAAAUAAGCCUAUACACUCUAUGUAUCAGGAUUCGCUGUAUUAUUUUAAAUGAUAAUUUUUUUCAAUACAACAGAAAGUACUGAAUCACCUAACUGCCCAGACAAAAAAAAAAAAAAGAAAAAUAUGAAAAAUGGAAAAAGAAAAAAAUAACGCUGAUCAUGAUUAUUCGUGAACAAUUUAUGAAGAUAAAAGAUUAAUAACUUUUGCAACGAUUCUAACUUUACCAACGAUGUACUAUUUUUUUAUAAUAGUUUUAUUUGAAUUUUUAGAUGAUCUGAAAUGUUAGAAUUAUUUUAAAAAAAAAGAUAAUAUAUCAAUUGACUUUUCAAGUAUUGAAAUUUUUUGUUUUAAUUAUAUCUAUUUAUAUAAAAUGAUAUUUAAAAAAAAAUUUUUAAUUUUGUCUUAAAAUCGACAAUCUCUUUUAUUUUUUAAUGACUAUCUUUUUAAUUGUGAUUAGCGAAAUAGAUGAUGCAAAAAUAUUUGAUUUUUUCCAUUGCGUGAAUUUUCAGAAAAAAAAUAAAACAUCAGUAUAUUUUAAAUAACAGAAUUUGUAAUAAAUCGAACUUUUCUCAAUAUUUAUAAUUUAAUAUAAGAGAUAUACACUAGAAUUAUCUGUUAAAUUAAAGAAAAAUGAAUUUUUGAAUAGAUAAUGAUCGUGAUUUGAGUAAGAAAAUUUUUUUAGUAAUGUCUUGAAAUAAUGUUUGAUAUUUUAUCUAGAAGGAAAAAAAGAUAUGAAAAAACAAAUGAAAGAAAUGAAAUUAAAAAAGAAAGGCUUGAAAGAAAGCAAGGUGCAGAAUGAAAUGCAUAUCUCUCCAAAACAGUUGGAACAAUUUUUACGUAGUUCGAUUCUGUUAGAAUUUGAUACUAGCUCUGUAUAUCAAUAUAUCUAUAUUCGAUAAAAAAAGAUCACUAUUAACGAAAAAAAUUACAGACGAGGGAGAGCUAUAUAUAUUAUAUAUAUAAAUAUAAAUAAAUGAAUAAAUGAUUAAGUAGAUAAAAUAAGUCGAUUCAUUCUUCGAGUCGUUAUAUCGGCACGAAGAAGUGUAAGAAUUUAAUAAGAAUUAUAAUUAUAUUAUUAUUAUUAUUAAUUAUUAUUAUUAUUAUAAUUUUAUUAUUAUUAUUAUUAUUAUUAUUAUUAAUUUUUUAAUAUUAUUUUUAUU